CUUUCUAUUUUUGCAGAGCAAGAGACGGGUGGACGGUCCUCAAAACCUGGUUCCAGUGACACUGGAGCAACUGGUGUGAAUACCAUGGCCGACGACAAGCACUUUGUGGAUAAACAUAGAAACCAGCUGAUCGAGAGAGUGAGCAACAUUGCAGCCAUUUUGGAUGAGCUCCUCGAGGAGGAUGUCAUCCAACCAGAGACGUAUGAUAAAAUCAGGGUUCUGUCUAUCUGUCAGGAGAAGAUGAGGGAGCUCUACUCUGGUCCCCUGAAAGCUGGUGGAAUAAGGUGCAAAGAUAAAUUCUACAACAUCCUUAGGAAAAGGGAGCGGUAUCUAGUUGAUGAGCUCAAGGAUAUGAAGUGAUUGUUAUAAUGAAAUCCAUUUUUAGACCAAA